UAAUUAGAUUUGUUUAUUUUGCUGACUUUUUUCCAUCAAAACCUGCAGACAACUCAUACCUGUCGUCCUGUUUCUUUACAUUAUAAAUUGAUUAGUUUUGAUUGAUUCAACAGAUGAGUCAGUUUAUCUGAGAAGAUGUCUGCUGCCGCAACCAAAUCUAAAGGAUCAAGUUUGGCUCGUGUACAGCCUUCAUUAUUUAUUUACGAUCUACCUUUGUCUAAAACUCAAGAAUUAUGUGAUCAUUUGGAUGCUUUGGGUGUAUGGAUGCAAUUAGCCAAUCGAAUGGGAUUCGGGGACGACGAUAUUAAAAAUAUCGGUAGACGGAUAAAAUCUACUGGUGGAUCACCAACUUAUGAAUUACUCAACAUAUGGGGAGGCAAAUAUAACCAUAAGGUUCUCGAACUGUAUAUAGUGUUGCAUAGAUUAAAAGCAUUUCAUGGCAUGCGUAUCAUUAAAGACUUUGUGCCGCGCGAAUUUCAAUUACUGAUUCCUGAUAGUGGACCAGCCCUUAGUAAAAUUUUACCCUCUAAUCCAGCUGUAAAGCGAAGCAACAACAACGAGGGAUGCACAUCGUCUGGUGUUACCUCGACAAUAAAUACGAAUAGUUCCACAAUUGUCUCAUCCGAUGACAAUAAUAUACAUCAACAAAGCAAUUACAAUAAUAAUUCUUGGAAAAGUCGAUCAAAUUUGCACCAUCCAUCGGGACGCGAACCUCACCAAUUGCAACCACAAUUAAAAUCGGUUAAGCAAAUUAAUAAUCAUCAUGAAACAAGUCUACCGGAACUAGAUUAUGAAGAAAUUACCAAUGGUACCGAUAAUUGGAAUGAAAAAUUAAAAUUGGGUGAAGGUGGUUUCGGUGUGGUCUAUCGUGGCGUUUGGAAGCACAUCGAUGUUGCUAUUAAGCUAAUGAGCUACAAAGGAAAUGUAGGACGUGAGCGUGCUAAAAUACAAUUGCAACAAAGCCGCAAUGAAUUGAAUUGUUUGUACAGAUUUCGUCAUGAUAAUAUCUUGCCCAUCUAUGGUUAUUGUGCACAGGGUGAGAAACCAUGUUUGGUGUAUCAGCUAAUGAAAGGAGGCUCUUUGCAGGAUCGCUUCAAUACGAACAAAUAUGCUCCGUUGCCAGUGCAAAAGAGAAUAGAUAUAUGUUUGGGAACUGCACGUGGCAUAUUUUUUUUACACACCCUUCUACCCAACAAAUCUCUUAUACACUGUGACAUUAAACCCGGCAAUAUACUUCUCGAUCAAUGUUUACAACCGAAAAUUGGAGACUUUGGUUUAGCCCGUGAAGGCCCCAAGGAUAAUUCAUACAUUGAAGUGGCACAUGUUUGUGGAACAAGAGCAUAUCUACCACCGGAAUUUGUCAAUUUGCGACGGCUGAGUAAACAUGUGGACACCUACAGUUUCGGUGUAGUGCUACUUGAAAUGUUCACGGGGCUACGUUCAAUAGAAAAUAAGAAUUUACUCACAAAUAACAUUAAGAUUCUGCUGCAAAAAAAGACCACCGAAGAUUUGGUGGAUCCGCGUAUCGAACUGACGCCAGAGGAGAAAAAUCUAUGCAAAAUAUGCAUUGACUUGGCGAUUCAGUGUAUAAAAGAUGAUCCCCUACAAAGACCAAAUAUGGAAGAUGUGGUGACAACGUUGAAUAGUUAUGCCACCGAUGAUUAGAAUUUGUUACCUAUUCACAUCACAAUAACAAAAAUUAAAAUUGGCAAAAGUAUCUAACAUUGUAAAAAAAACCAUGAUGUACAUAAAACAAAAGUGUUUGCACAUAGUUAUGUAAACAAAUAUUCCUUUUAAAAUUUACAACUAUACAUUUAUAUCUUUUGACAAAAUCAUAUUGUUUUUUAUAUAUACAUUCCCUACUUGUUAAAAUAUGCACACAUACAUAUAUUUUUUUACAAAAUAAAAA